AUGGACAAAGGUCAAAUUCGUACGUUCGUGUACUACGAGCUGCUGCUGGGCAACGACACGGGGACCGGGGUCGCCAACAUCUGCAGAGCGUGUAAGGAGGACGCAGUGUCCCAACGCUCACUCAGGCGCCGGUUCAAUCGUUUCGAGAGCGGCGACACGAGCCUCAAGGACAGGGAGCCCAACGGAAGGAAUUGUACAGUGGAUGAUGACGAAAUCCGUCGCUGUAUCAAGGAGAAGCCGGAAGCCACCACCCGUGAACUGGCGACGACGCUCGGCUGCAGCUAGUCCACCAUCCACAGUUGACUCAACUUACUCGGCUACCCCAAAGUUCUGGCCCGUGUGAUAUCCACCGUCUGAUGGACGCCAACAAGCAGAGCCGCGUGGCCGUCGUCGGUCCCUCCUCCUUCAUCCGCACGCAAGGAGUUUCUCGAGGACCUGGUCACGGAAGAUAAGACCUGGGUCCUCUACGACAACGACGCCCGCCGUGCCGUCUGGAUCCCGCGCGAAGAAGAGCCGCCGACAGCGCCGAAAGCCGACCUGCUCCCGCUGAAGAUAUUACUCUGCUGCUGGUGGGCCGCCAAGAACUGCUGUACUUCGAGCUGCUCCCGCAAGGCAGGACGGUCACCGCCUCCAUCUAGACCAAUCAGCUCAAAAAACAAGCCGCCGCCAUCCGAGAAAAGCGUCCCCGACAGGCCUCGGUUCAUCAUCAGCACGACACCGCGCGCCCCCACGUGGGGAAGGAGACACAGCAGAAGUUAGCGACGCUCGGCUGGGAGACGGUUUCCCAUCCGCCGUGUUCCUCAGACCUCGCUCCCUCCGAUUACCACUUGUUCCGCCCGCUCGAGCACCGUUUGGCUGGAAGAAAAUUCAUCAACUACGACAGCCUAAAAUCCGACUUGGCGGACUUCUUCGAGUCGCAGCCCCCGGAGUUCUGGGCGAAGGGCGUCGGCGACCUGCUCAAUCGAUGGGUCACUGUCGUAAAUAACUGUGGUGAUUAUAUUGUUGAAUAG